AUGGGGUGGAUUCCUGGAGUUAAAGAAGGUGGUGAAGUAGAGAAUCUCCUCCCAGAUUAUUUUGUCACAGAUGCAUGCUGUAGUUGGAGACGACUUGCAUUUCUGACGAGUGAUGGCGAAUGUGUUCUUUGGAGUGACUACACCAAUGGACAGCUGCAUCCAAGAAAAGUUGAGGCCAGUAACAGAAAAUUUAAGGCUGCAGGAUGCUUAGAAUCGAGCUGCAUACUUCUAACAGGCAAGUUUUACUUCAUGCUUAAAAUAUCAAGGAUAAGGAUCAUUCUCUGAAAUACCUGGAGACAUACAUAUUGUACAGAAAUCAGACUGCCAUCAAUACAAGUUAUUUUGCUCAUUUUAAGUUACCUGGUCAAGUGCCUACCCAUAUAUGGUGGUGUAUUACUAUAAAUUUUGCCAUGCAUGAUUGUAAUCCCUUAUUACAGAAUAAUUCCAUAAUGCUUUUAUCAGUUAACUUAAAUGCCUUUCACAUCUGAAGGAGCACCUUUAGAAAAUGCACAAGUCACCUUUCUUUAAUCAGUUCAACCCUGAAUGGCAAUAUUAUUGUUCUGGUUACUGUGUCCUUUUGAUUUUACAUGUAUUAUACAUUAUACCUCAUCCAUCUGCAAACUGUCUCAAAUUAGGCAUUUCUUUUGCAUAGAUGAUGGCCAACCUGGUUAUGUACUACAUGAACAAGACCAGAAUGCCACCAAAGAUUUAAACAAAUCAGCUUCAAUGAUCUUUAGACCAAUGGACCUGAUGAAACAGAUGAUAUCAGUUGCUUGUGGCAAGGAACAUGCACUGCUUUUAUCUUCAUCAGGAGAAGUUUACAGUCUUGGCAAUGGAAGGUAUAUGGUGGGGUCUGAAAUUGACUGACUUUUCAAUACAGGCUCUAUCUGACAAAGUAAUACACAUUUAAAAUUUUUGGUCAUUAGUCGGCCUAAAGUGGAUGCCAGAAAAUGUUCCCCUUUCUUUAAUGGCUUGGGGAAAAAAAGAAUGAAUGCUUUGGACGUUUUAUGCUCUUGUUAAAACUGGCCUACUGUACUCUGGUGAUAGCAUGAUUUUGUGGAAAUGGGUAUAGAAGUAUUUUCAGUUUUGUUUCAAUGAUGCAAUGAGUUUCAUUUCAUGGAGAGAUUAUUUGUUGUGGAAUUAAGACCAGCUACCCCUUAAUUUAUUCAUCAUUUCAAAACCGUAUAGCAGGGCUUCUGAUAUUUCGCGGGAAAAAAGCAAAAUUUCGCGGGAUUUUCAGGGGCAAAUUCGCGGAAAAAUCGGCCGAUUUCGCGGGAAAAAAGUCAAACUUCGCGGGAAAAUCGGCCGAUUUCGCGGGAAAUUUCGGGGGGAAACUUCGCCAAGAAACAAUCAGUGAAAAACAGCCGAUUUCGCUGGAUUUGUUUGGCAAAUUUAACAGGGAUAAUCAUUUGCUCUUUCAACAACAGUUUGCUCGAGAAAUGAGCGAAUGCUAAAGCUAUUAACAUUAUGGUUAGUGCCCAGUUUUUCGCAACAUUAAUCUAAGAACGCCUGGUAGUUUUGGGACGUUGUUUACUCCUUGCAGUGAUGAAGUUUCAAGAUAAAUUUGUGCGUUUGGGGUGAAUAAAACAGGUGUUAUGGCGAAGAUAAGUAUUAAAUAUGUUUUGCCGACAAGUAUUUGGAAAUAUUUCUGGCGGAUUUCGCGGUAUUUCGCGUUUUUGGGGGAAUUUCGUGGGAUUUCGCGGAAAUACCUGAAUUUCGCGGGUCCGCGACCGCGCGAAAUAUCAGAAGCCCUGGUAUAGUGAGGGAGUUGUGCAGUACACUGUUCUGGAGAUUUAGUGCCUAGUACAGUGUAGGUAUUCUGUCACUUGUGUUUGGUGAGUGGGAAUUUUAAUCUUUACGAGUGUGCAUCUCUGUUUUGUUUCUUUUGUUUUCUGUUUUUGUUUUUGUUUGUUUGUGUGGUUUUUUUUUUAAUUUUUACCCUAGUGAAGCUACUGAAAAUUAUUACUAUAAUGAAUAUUGGUCUUUUACAGACUUUGUCACAAACAACAGCAGUAAACACCUGCAUAUACAGUUAGAACCUAUGAUUUUGGGCUUCAGGCUGAUUAAGUUCCGGCAUCUUCUUUCUUAUUUUUUAAGAACAUGUUUGAUUUUAUCAGGCUGGAUUGGUUCUUUAAAAUAUAAUAUAUGGUGAGCUUUUAUUUAUUGGCCAAUUUUCAGCCUGAUGAUGUUCUUAAGUAAUCCACUUGCUCUUAUCAGGGCAAAAACUUUUCUUUCUUUGUCCAAAGAAAAUAAAAUGCUGCCAAAACAGGUUUCGACAUUUGCAACCUGUGGGUUUACCAAUGCGACUAGUUUUUUUUAUUUUACUAAGUGGCAACCAACUUUUCACUCCUGGUUGCCAACCUGGCCCCCAAGAUAAUUAUGUUACCUUCUUUGGGAAAGCGUAUACUUAUGAUGAUCCAUUAUUUGUUAGAAAACUAACGGAUAGCAAACGGCUUUUCUAACUUUCAAAAGGUUUGCCCAAACGGUUUGUCUAUCUUGAUUGCACAAUCGAUUGCCAAUUUACAAUGUUCUUAUAAAAAAUUACAGAAAAAUAAUCGAGAAAGAUUGUUGUCUAUAUCUUGGCACUUUAAUAUUUCUUGAACUUCUUGUAAACAACUUUAAGCCCAUCGCGUAGAGCGUGUUGUGAAGACCCAUAUUAAAGCUCUGCUGUAUUUUAUUGACUUCCAGUAACAUACUGUUGAAGACACCCCUGGAAGUGAGGCUGUUUGUCAAACAGACUUCUCACCAAGUCAACUUCUUUGCCCGUAAAUAUCAGCAACGUUUUCUUCUUUGUGGAGGAGACUUUUGAUCAUGUGCUAGGCAAUUUCUGAACAUCAAUGCAAAUAUGGGACGCAAAACAAAUGUUUGCAGAUUUUUUUUUUCUUUCUGAACCCUAAUAAGUUUUUCAGUCUGUGAUUCCAAAGUUUGUUUAACUACAUGUGUUUGUUCAACUGCAUUUCCUGAAGCUUAAAUACCUGUUUGAGGAGAUUUAUGCCUCACAAUUAUAUAUAUUUACGAGAAAUUCGAGAUGCCGCCAUAGUAUGUGAGUUCUUCGAGAGAUGUUAUGAAUUUAAGAAUGGACAUUGUUAAUAAAACAGCCUGGCGAAAACCGCUGGAAAGGAAGUUGUUGGUUUUAAGAUCUUACAAAAUAAUGUUAAAUUACUGACUUGAGCAUUCUUUUUCUGUUAAAGCUAAGUAAAAGACAUUUAGUUUCCCGUAUUUCAUUUAUUCUUUAAUAUAAUUUUUGGCAACAAGAAUACUUGUUCUGGUGACCAAAAAUAAAGCAAUGGGCGUCAGCUGGCCCCAAGAUUUGAAUCGAGCACUGCUGUGACAAUUCAAGUUACUUUUCAGUACUUUAUUCUAUUCAAGCUAUCGACUCACGAUAAAUUUCACUUGUCCAGUUGGAUGAGUGCUUUAUGAGUUUGAGUCAUCUGAGGCCAAAACCUAUUUGUCUCAGUUUAGCGGACGAGUGAAAGUUUUUUGCCCUGCUAAUAUACAUUAUUCUCACACAGUAGAGGACAACUUGGACGUGGUUUAAUAGUUGAAGAACAAAAUGCUGCAGUUAUUCCAGCCCUGGAGGGAAUCAAGAUUCAGUUUAUAGCUGCAGGUGGUUGGCAUUCUGCAGCAGUAAGUGGUAAGAGUGCAUUUUAUUAAUUUUUUCAAAUAUUUUCUUCCCUUAAUUGCGCAGUUAUUUAUAUCUAUUUAAUAUUUCAGUCAGGGAUUACUGGUCGUACCGUAGUUAGUAGAUCGAGGAGACUGGUUAUGAAAGGUGGCAAACAACAAAUUGUGACUGAAUGAACUGAUGCGACAUUUUAAUUGGUCAAUAAAAUUAGCGUGGGAGCAAGCUCUCCAGGGCGCUCUGGCAGUGGGGCAGGAAAAGGAAGGAGAACUUGCAACUGUGUCUCUGGAAUUUGAAUUCCACCUCCAAUUCCCCUGUGGCUCCCCGUCGACUGAGCUGUCAGAUUUCCGCCAAUCAGCGCGAAGUGAAAAUGAACGCGAAGUGAAAAUGAGCGCGAAUGUAAACAAACAUUGAAAACCACUUGCCAAGGGUAAUGACGUCGUUACCAAUGUCAUCCAAUCAGCAUUUGACAUCAACUUUUUCGAUGCAGAUAGGCAAAUUCCAGAGACCAGUAAGUAGUUGCAAGCUCUCCUUCCUUUUCCCACCCCACCGCCAGAACGCCCUAGAGAGCUUGUUCACAAGCUGCGAUAAUACCAAAAUGAUAGGGAUGCUAUUGAACGUUGCGCAUCAUCAGGUCCACAAAUACAAUAACAAAGAAGUCUGACAGACUUCAUAGCCAUUCCACUCUAUUUGCAUGGUUGUACUUAUACAGCAGUCCCCAGGGGCGGAUCCAGGAUUUUUUUUAGGAGGGGGUGCACUCGUCUCUUGCUCUACUUCAACACCAAUAAACCACAUAGUUUUUUUUUUUUGGGCAGAAUACCAGUUGUAUUAAAACACCGAAAGGUCAUCUCAGGGGGGGUGCGCACCCCCUGCGCCCACCCCCUAGAUCCGCCCCUGGUCCCACACUCAUGGUUUGGGUUAUUUUAGACUGGGUUUCAACCAUCAGAGAACAUUAUUUUGAAUGGAGUAACAAAUUCUUAUUGUUGGGUUCCAAAUUCCCAUUAUUCUAUAUUUGUAUUCUACCUACAUUGUAACAUUACCUGUUCCUUAGGUCUUUCUCCGUUAUCUCUCUUUGUUGUAAUUUUUAGUUUCCUUAAACAUGUAUUUCUAUGAGGAUGACUUGUUUAUGACUAGAGCAAUGGUAUCAAAGCAGCUGUUUAAAUGCAGAUUUUUAGCUUCUGAGAAAACUUAAACUGUCUGUCAAAAUGUUCUCUUUAAAGUCUGUUAAACUAAAUCACCCAGUCUUUCCUCCUUUCCCACCCCACCCUCAAAGUUUUUUAUGGUCGGCCCCUUACUGUUACCCCUUACUAUUAAAGGCACUAAGAAAUGAUAAAAUAAGACAAAUCAAAGACAUAAAAAAUAAAUAUCUGAAUAGUAAAUUUGAUCUUCAUCUUCAUCCAGAUCUGUCUGGCAAAUACAGUAAUGACUGUGUGUGUGAGGUCGGAUCGAUUCCAUGUCUGAAUGUCUCGUAUCACUUUCAGAACUCAUUAUUCUUGUUUUAUCUACAGAUGUUUACAUUCAAGCUUUAGCUACUUUCCUUUGAUUUGUGCUGUUUUUAACUGAAAGAGGUCAGGGACAACGAUAAAAAUCUCCACACACUGCUUGGGAAAUCUGCUUGCCGUGAAACAGAAUGUCCUGAAAUGACGUUGCAGUCAUUCCCAAAAUGUGAUAUGGAGAGAGAUUGUAUCGUUUGUACCCCACUGGAAGUGAAAUUUCGCGUUUUUGGUUGGUCAGAAAAUAUUUCCUUAUCAGUACACCGUGUUAAGAUUCUAUCUAGCAUAUUAAAAAAAAAUUGUCACAUACACUGUAAAGGCUCAACACAUGUUUCAUUCACAUUGUGUUUUGUUUAUUGAUCUACUAUUUAAUAGAAUGUGGUGAUCUUUACAUGUGGGGAUGGAACGAGACAGGACAGCUGGGUUUGUCUGUCAAUCAUGAUGACACUGAUGAUGACAGGCAGACAGCAACCAGUGGAAAAGUUCCAUGUCAGACCUUCCCUGUCCCUAUGGACCUUCCUGGUGAUUUAGAUGUUAUGACAGUUAGCUGUGGAUCAAGACACACUGCUGCAAUAGCUGGUACAUCAAGCAAAUAUCAUUUCCAUUUCUUAGUUUUUUUGUGUGUGCGUGUGUUUGAAAGGAAUAAUCAUGGGCUCAAAAAAAGGGGACCUGCGAAGGGACGUUUACCUUGCACGUCCAUUUUUUCUUGAGCCCAUAUCCCUGUUAAGCAUCUGCUACAUGCAGUAGGCUAAUUCGUGUAAAAUGUACAGUCGACUCCCGAUAACUCGAACCUUCAAGGGAAAUCGAAAAAAGUUCGAGUUAUCGGGAGUUUGAAGAAAAUAGCCGAGAGUAACGUAAAAAACAGUUUUUACUGCACAUUGAACAUUUUUAUCACAUUUAGUUGUAGAAAUGUCAAGUGAAUUUUAAAAGAUACUUCUAGAUUAUAAAUCAGAACGUAACGUAACAAGACAUAGCCUAAAUAGAGCAUGCGUUUUACUGUUUUGAGAAGAAAAUAAUUAAGCUGCUUCACCGUAGCCUCUGACAAUCAACAUCAGCCUCCACUAGUAAACUAUACUCCUACAACACGUCAAUGGGAAAUCCAAAAUUCAAUGUUUCGGACGCCAGAAGACGGCUUUUUUCCCGACUUUUUAAGGGCUCAAAACAUGGUUCGAGUUAUCGAGGGUAAAAUUAUAUGGAAAAUGACCUGAGGGGAAACGAAGAUUGGUUCGAGUUAUCGAGGUUUCGAGUUACCGGGGGUAAAAUUACAGUGAAUGUAUGACGGAAAUCCAGGGGAAAUCGAUUUUGGUUCGAGUUAGCGCGAGGUUCGAGUUAGCGAGGGUUUGAGUUAUCGUGAGUCGACUGUAUGCACCGUACAGUAUGAUGCUACAACGUUUUUACCAACUUCCUUUUCUUUUUCAGGUGAUGGAAGUGUAUGGACCUGGGGAUGGGGUAAGAUUUCAUCAGUUUUAUUUUUUACUUCCCUUCCGCUCUCAGAUAAAAGGGAUGCAAAAAGAAUCUCCUAUGAUAAGGAUGUAUUUGAAGUGAAAUUUAGUCUUAAUAUGUUUUUGCAGUCCUCUGUUUUUGAGUAGCUUUUACAGACAUUAACAAGAGGGCCCCAGUCCGCUGAUUGAGAUUCCGCUGGCAAAAGGUCAACUGUACUUUGUUUAAUGUCGGGUUUACAUCUUAUAUGCUUUACAAUUCCUAAAGCUACCACUAACGUCCGUUUGUUACUGCGUUCGUUCUAGCGUUAACUCACACGUUACAUGACAAUACCUAAUAUGCAUAUUAUUCCCGCCACUAAGCGUGUCGUGCAUGAAGUCACGACAUAACACUUUGGUGAUAAACGACCUAGCGGGAAAGCAAACUGAACAUUAGCGAAACCACUCGCUAGAUAAGCGAUCAGGGUGGGUUGCCGUAUUCCAGGGUACGACAAAAGUGCUGUACAACAGCGCGGGGCUUUUGCAGCGACUUGUCAGCCCAGCAUGUUUUAAUUACGAGUUAACUGACGGUCAUCAACAAGAUAAAGUAAAUGUUAGUGGGAAGGGGGUUCGGUAGGCCUGCACGACUUGUCCGGCUCUUUUUUAAACUUUCUUCUGGUUAUACCUUCCUUAAACGGAGAGUGCUCGCCCAAACCACGCCCCCAUCGCGCCCCCUUACUGCUUCUGCUGUUGCCAGAUAAAUAAAAAAAAGAGUACAUGAAUGGUACAUUUAUGUUCCAGGGCAUUAUGGCCAACUUGGACACGGAGACACAGUGAGCAAAUAUACGCCAUCUCAAGUCCAUUUCUUCUCCUCAUUAAAACACAAAGCAAAGACACUGUGUUGUGGCGAUUGGUCGACGUUUGUGAUAGCUGCAAAAUGA